GACUAGCAGUACAAACCUGAAACGUUUCCUUUUUCCAAUUUUAUUUCCCCAUAUUCUUCAAAACUUUCAUUCUUUCUGCCAAACUUUCUUCAUCAAAUCACACAGCAUCAUAUACCAGACUAAUCUAUAUAUAAACACAUGUAUCCAAAGGUUAAGGUUAGAACAGACGAAAGUGGAGAAGAUGAUCACCAUGAACAUAAUUGGAGUUCUUUGCUUUCUUUAAAGGAUAUUCAAUUUCUCUUAUUACAGGAUCCUCGUUUUCCAGUGAAGGAGUAUCGAGAUGUUUCUCCAUUACCCAUUGCAAGAAUUCCCAGCUCCUAUGUACCUAAUGUAGUCUUGCCAACAGAAUUGCCUUCUCAAGAACCGGACAACAAAAGCAGCACUUCUACUGAGGAGGAGGAUAAACCAAAGGUCAGAGCCAGUUCGGUGUCUCGUCCCCGUGCUGUCAUAUCUAGUCCUGAUAAUGAUGCACUGGUUGCAAACAAAAACAAAGUUAAAGCACUCAGGCCUUCUGCUUUGAAGAGGCCUAAUGUGAUUCAAAGCAGACAUGAACAAUGUAAGGUUGCCCCUAGUCAAGCCACUGAUGGAUGGAACGCAACAACGAAGUGCACGAACACUACUACUGAUAAGAAGAUUAAUCUUAGACAAGAAAAAGGUUCGGCAACUGCACUAUCAAACCAUAGAAGAAAUGGCACAGCUACUAAACCAAGUUUUGUAACAAAUUGAUAGCUUUCUCUACAUGUGUUGUUAUCUACUGAGAGCAUUUUUGAUUCCUCGUGAAAAUACUACAGGCUGAAUUACAUUCUA